AUGUCAUACUAUCCAGGCCAAGGUGGCUAUGGUGCCCAACAGCAUCAAGGCGGCGGCGGUUACGGUUAUUCACAAUCCCCUCAACCCGGGUAUCCUUCUGGAGGUUACAACCAGGGCGGAUAUCCUCCUCCAUCGCACUCACCACAACCCCAAUACAAUCAGAACUAUGGCCCUGGCUAUGGUCAACCUCCCCCACAAGUAGCACCUUAUGGGUAUAACAACCCUCCUCCACAGUCACAAGGAGGUUACGGCGGUUAUGGCUCCCCCAGCCCUCAACCGAACGGCUAUCCAGGUCCUCGGCCUGGAAUGCCCACGACGUACAACAAUUCGGGAUACCAACAAUCAAACCAAAAUCACGGGGGCCGCACCAAUCCCCCUCCCCCUCCCAGCGCACCCCAACAGUUUGGUCAUGGAGCGCCUUCGAACUACAGUUUUCAAUAUUCCAAUUGCACGGGCAAGCGUAAAGCUUUACUGAUUGGUAUCAAUUACUUUGGUCAAAGAGGUCAACUUCGGGGCUGCAUCAACGAUGUGAAGAACAUGUCUACAUAUCUCAACCAGAAUUUUGGUUAUGCAAGGGAAGACAUGGUUAUCUUGACCGACGACCAACAAAACCCCAUGUCACAACCCAACAAACAGAACAUUCUGCGGGCAAUGCACUGGCUUGUCAAGGACGCGCGACCCAAUGACUCGUUAUUCUUCCAUUACAGUGGUCACGGUGGUCAAACACCUGAUCUGGACGGUGAUGAAGAAGACGGCUACGAUGAAGUGAUCUAUCCGGUUGACUUCCGGACCAAUGGUCACAUUGUGGAUGAUGAAAUGCACAGAAUCAUGGUCAAGACAUUAGCACCUGGUGUUCGACUUACGGCAAUCUUCGACUCUUGCCACUCUGGAUCAGCACUGGAUCUGCCAUACAUUUACUCCACCUCUGGUGUACUCAAAGAACCCAACUUGGCCAAAGAAGCUGGUCAAGGUUUACUCUCUAUUGUGUCAUCCUAUGCUCGAGGAGAUUUGGGAGGUAUGGCAUCGACGGCAAUGGGCUUAUUCAAGAAAGCCACCAACGGAAGCUCGACAUACGAACGCAACAAGCAGACCAAGACAUCUCCUGCUGAUGUCAUCAUGUGGUCCGGCAGCAAAGACGAACAGACAAGUCAGGAUGCCACGAUCGGAGGAGAAGCGACAGGUGCGAUGAGCUGGGCAUUUGUCACUUCGUUGAAGAAGAACCCACACCAGAGUUAUGUUCAGCUGUUGAAUAGCAUUCGAGACGAAUUGGCGACGAAAUAUACCCAAAAACCACAGCUGAGCUGCUCUCACCCGCUGAGUAAGUGA